GGACCUUGACAGGGGCUGAAAAUUUGUGAAGAAGAAAUGCCUUUCAUAGUCAAACCAUUCAUCAUAAAAUACAUGAACGAUUCAGACUCGAAAUGUAAAGGAUGUAAAUCUAAGAUAGGAUCGGGUUCGCUUGUCCUUGGAUACGUGGCGGAUCAAGGACCCGACAAACGUGUGAGAUGUCUAACGAGUUGGUUUCACUAUAAGUGUUUCUGGACGCUGUGUGUGUACAAAAAUCACCUUCGGGGGGUGGAUCCAGACACUCUCAACGAAAUUGUGUUUGGAAUAAACGGAUUAUCAAAAGCUGACAAAUUUAAUUUCCAAAACGAGGCCAGCAGCCCGCCAGCUUCCACGCGCAGGCGCUCUAGUAGGACAUCAGAGAGUAAUAUCAUUGCAGCAAAGGAUGUUGGGAGUGUGGAGAGUGGAGAUUACGAAGUAAAUGAAAAUGUGUUUGAUUUGACGGACCUUGUAUGUGCCACUGUGUAUAAACAUCAAACUAAUGUCUUCGUCAGCAUAAGAGAAUUCUUCCUACUAAAGGGCUCCGACGUUGCAAAGCCCUCAAAGCGAGGAAUUUCUCUGAACAAGCAUCAGUGGCGAGAAUUGUGUUCGAUUCAAAAUGGGAUUGAGGCGGCUACUAAAAUAAUGGCGGCUAGAGAUCCGAAAUCUAAAGAUACAAAAAGCAAGGGAAAAGAUCAGAAAAGUAGGGGAGAUAAUUCAGAAGAAGAGGAAGAAGAAGGCCCUGGACAGAUUUUAUUUUCGUUGUCUUGGAAGCGGCGAGUGAGUGUUUAUCAGCACCAGGAGGAUGUGAUUGUAGACAUUCGGGAAUACUCGGAAGAUCGAACAUUCCAGAGGUCAACCAAAGGUGUUGCCCUUAGUAAAGCUCAGUGGACAAAACUUAGAGAGGAAAUGCCUAAUAUAGAGGCCCUAGUACAGCAUAUGGAAGUUUGAAGUUACGCAUAGUUUUCUGGCGGCCCAGAAUCAGCAUACAGAAGAUGGAGAUUCUAGUGGAUAAAGUUUCUUGCUUGCAUAAUAAAUCAUUUUGACGUGUUUAAGAACUAUUGCAUUCAUUAGUGUGAAUUAGGCUGAGCCCCCAAAAUAUUCAAAUUAUCGAUUUGAACAUAAGCCCAGUUACCUUUGUGACUGCCGUUUUCAUUUUUU